AUGGAUCAGAGAGAGGGGGGGGGCUGUAUGUUCUGUCUUACAAGGAGUAGUAAUACACCAGAUAGAUUAAAUUCCCGCACAGCCUCGUAUCGGAAACGUGUAGAAGAUGCUCGAAGCCGUGAUAUAAAACCAGACGUACAGGAUGAUAGCGUUGUUUACGACCAAUCAAAAAGCAGCCAGGGUCUGAGAAUGAGGCCUAGAACGCGACGAGGCGAAAGUUUUAAUGUAAAGAAAACAUCACGUAACCGUAGCGAUCAAGAACAACAAUGGCAGACAACUAGCAAGGAAAGCGGUCCGAGAUUUUAUGAAAAUCAGCAACCUUCUUACAAAAAUCCUCUAAAUGCUUCACUACGGAAACUUGCGCCAGCGAAAUCUUCUCCAAGUUUAAAUAAAAUAGAAAUUCAAGUGCCUACGGAAAAUCAAGUGAAAGCACUUAGUGGGGCGAAGUCGAGUCCAAAUCUAAACAAUGAACAUGAAAGUGAAGGGUACGGACAUGUGAAUCGGAAACAUGGGGAAUGUUAUAACAACAAUUACGAACGUUAUUCUCUCGAUGGACCAACUGGAAUCAACGCUUCAUGGAAUUUAGGUAGCGGGGAUUUUAAACGAUCUUAUGUUGACCAACCAUCAGCUAGGAUGAAUGAUAUAACUGACUCUUAUGAAAAGGAGGGUAAAUCGAAGAAAAAUACGCGAAGGUCUCUUCCUCCUUACAUGUUACAGAAAUACCAGGCAGACUAUGAGAAUAUUUCUGAUUACGGAACAACGCCGCUUCGAAGUGAAAAAAUUUCAGAAAUAGAUGACCUUGAUUCAGAUGAAGAUGUUUCAAAUAUUCAUAUACCACAGACCACACAACUUGAGUCAUUAGUUUCACCCCAGUCACCUCCAAUUCCUCCGGUACGUGACCCCUCCAGUUUAAAAUACAUCAAGAUCAACCAGACUCACGAGAAAUACCCUUCGUGGCCGGUAACCAAAUCUAACGGAGGAGCCGAACCACCUCAACCAAUCAACACGCGAGCGCAAUCGUGGACUGAUACAAAUACAAACACUAAUAAAGAUUUUCCUGUGAAUAAAGCGAAAUUAGCCUAUACCCCAGGAUUACGUCCCUUGCCUGAGAGGAACAGCCCGAACGCUGAGAGACGUGAGGAUGGGAAAUCACGUGCUGGAAGUGAUCCUGGAUUAAAAUCAGAGUUUGUGUAUGAUAAAUAUGGACGUGUUCAACAGCGAGAUUAUAAUAAAGUGGAUCAGAAUCAAAUCAAGAAAUUCUACGAACAGAAACCAGGCUACCCCCCACCGAAACUUGACUCAGACGGUCAUAAUCUGGGUGAUGAGAAAUAUAAUGUGCCUUCACCCCCAGAACGUGAUGUGCCCGGUGUAGAAGAACGAGAACGUUUUGACGAGAAUACAGUUAUUAAUAAAUCAGUGACCCGACCUACAUCCUUCACGACCCAAGUUCGUGACCCAACUCGUGACCCAACUCGCAAUAAACUCAAUUACAGUGUUCAAAACACAAUCGGCUCAAUGAGCAGUCCAAUCGAUGUUAAAGGGGGACAACCCCCUUUUAGAGAUUCCAAGCCAGAGAAAUUAAUGGUUGAUUCUUGCACUAGUCCACAACAUAGUCCAAAAGACAGUAAAUCUAACGGGAAUUCACGACCCCGAAAUGUAGAGCCCAGCCCCUCGUCUCAGCUGAAAUCUACAACUAAAGCGUACAUCGUGAAGCAGACGCCUUAUUAUAAUACAAGUACGCAAACUGACCAAUCACCACCCAGUAAUCCCCAUAUGCAAAUUACCAUUCCUAAACCGAUGCCUCGUAAAACAGUCAGUGAUAAUGCAGCUCAAACUUCACCGACAUCAACAGAGAAAAAUGUGUUCAGCGAAAAAAUCAGUCCAAAUAAUGUAAGACCUGAUAAACGAGACUACAAUCAAAAGGAGAAGAGAUCUAAUUACAGUGAUAUUAAUUCUCUAACAACCAGACAUGAAAGUGAUAACCAUAGUGCUAAACAUUCAGGAAAUUACGCUGACUUUUCGGCUCUUCAAGCAAACUACGCUGAUAUCAGUAACUUGAAGAGCAUCCAUGAACGUUAUUCCUCUGAUAUUGCUGAAGAUGAUAAUACUUCUAACAACAUUCCACAUUAUUCGGAAUACACUGCUAGUCAGGCACCUAUUCUUCGUGAACUCUCUAAAGAGUUUUAUAAAGGACGUAUGCCAGGGAAUUAUGACAAGAGAGUUAUUUCCCCUAAUGAGUUGUUGAGGAGUUCUGAGUCUAUGCAGCCUGGAAUGAAGGAAGCUGAAUCCUACAGCAGUGUUAUAAUCCAUGCCUCAGAAAGUGCUGGACCGUUUGGUCGUGAUGAUUUCGGAUCACGAUCAAGUCUGUCUGAUUCUCGUCAAGAUAUUUAUUCAGUGAUUUCAGAAUCGACCAGUAGUCGGAGCAGCAUUGCCAAAGGCAGACGCAGUCUUGACCCUGGUAUGCUGUCUCACAGACCAAGACCUUUAAAUGAAACACGAUACAAUUCAUCAUCCCUCGUCAACCAUGCCAGAACGGUCAGCUCCCCAACAUCAGAUUAUCGUAGACCAAGACGGAGCUCUGAAGCUUCUACCCCUUCCCAACCGAAGAGUUCUCCUGACAGCCGAUCUUCUGGAAGCACAUAUUACAGUAGUAGUGACACCUCACAGUCACGGCUACAUGACAUAAGUCAUGAUCGUCAUGACAACGUUCACGAUCGACACGACAUCAGUCACGACCGUCAUGAAUCCAUUCCUGAUUCAGUUUUCAGUGAAACUCGGUCUCCACUGCCUCCUGAAACUGAACUGAAAUCCCCGAAAUCAGAUUCGAAGGACAAGAAUUUGAAUAUGAAUCUCGGUCGUAAACCAUCCAUGAAAAAAGCAUAUGGAAUUUAUGAUGAGACAGAAAGAGUCCUGCGUGGAGCAGCAGCUACUCUGAAAGCAGUCAAUGAAGCUCAAAAUCUACGUAGAUCUGGAGAAAAUUACGUUGCUCCAAUGCCUCGUUUAAGUCGUGGAUCUUCUGAAUCUAAAAUAUUGGAUCAGAUCCAAGAAGAGAAUGAUGUUUUCAUUGAUUCAGAAGGUCAAAGAUCAAGGUCAUCAAGUGGUAAAGAAGACGGCUCCAAAACUUCUGACAAGACAAAGAGAGAAUUAUUUUCAGGAGAAUAUGAAACUCAAAGAAAAUCUGGAAUGAAAAGGUCAUCAUCUGAACAGAUCCAUAAAUAUGUUCCCAAUUCCCUUGUUGAUCAACCAGAAAAGACAAGAGAAUCUACUCCUAAUCUGGCAACACAGACUGAUACAUUAUUGCCAGCAUCUCGAUCCAAUCUAACUCUUGACAUCCAGAAACGUAAUUCCGAAUCGGACCUGAAGAAAAUCCAGCAACAAGCAGUGCUAAAUUUUAUGGAAAUAAAAACGGGAAAACGAAUGAAUUCAUCUGGAAGUCAAGAAGCAACCACCCCCACGGGAGAUCCUAAAGAUCUUAUGUCUCCUACACAAUCUGUUCAAGACCUCAUCUCGAAAACUUCGGAAAAUCUGGCCAAUCGGACACAGCGUACUGACAGUUUCCGUCGAUCUGGAUCCUCUUCUUCAUCUCGGAAUUCCCAGGAUUAUAUGGAAAUGAAUCGACCAAGGAAAGAAACGGAAUGGAGUAAAAUGAGAUCACAGGGUGUGUUAAGUUAUGGGUCAAAUCGUUCGUCUUUGUGUUCAGAAAAUACAUACGAAGAUAUUAACGUAUUUUCACCAACCUUACCACGAAGUUCACUGACGGAAAAACCUACAGAUGAUUUAGAGGUAAGCUGA